AUCAUGGAAGAGUCAGCCGGUUCAACAUCUCAAGGUCAAAUGUUUGGGAUGGAGCAAUCCGAGGUUUCAAGCGUGCAACCUAUUCAGAAACCUGUGACAUGCUGGUCAGAUUUACUGAUGAUGCUGGUGUUUUUGAAGAUGGAAUUGAUGCAGGUGGUCCUAGACGAGAGUUUCUAACUCUAUUAAUGAAACAUCUAAAAGAUCGGCCAAUUUUUGAUGGACCAGCAGGACAACGUUUCUUGGUCUACAAUGCAAACGAUUGAGAAUGCUGCUUCUGUGGAGGCUCUGCAAGACUGUACUCUGAGGCAUAGCACAAUGUUACAGACAGCUGGCUGUCUGAGACAUGUGGCAGCUCUUGAAGAAAAGAAAACAGUUGUGUCAGACUAUCUCCGAUGGUAUAUUAUUGACCGCAACAUGUGUGUAAUCGACAGAUUUAAGGAAGGUCUUUCAGCCCUUCAGUUUUUAACUGCACUGCAGCAGUACCCUACAUUGCUGGCCCCUGUCCUGUGCUACUCAGAAAAGAAACUUACUGCUCUUGAACUUGAGAGACUUUUCAAACAUGACCUCAGUCCAUCAGGAAGCAACAGAAGGCUCAGAGAAGGACAAACCCUGGGUUACUGGGCAGACUAUCUCCUUGAUUGUGAAGAAGGCCAGGCUGCUCUGUGUGUGGAAGAUGUUUUAAUGUUUGCAACUGGACUAACUUCACUUCCCCCCUCUGGAUUGGAACCACUGCCAAAAAUCGAGUUUCUGGAUGAUUCACCAUUCCCAAUGGCAAAUACAUGUUCAAACACAUUAAAAUUACCACUCCUAGAUUCUUACAAUGUGUUUAAAUCACGUAUGGAUUUUGGAAUUCAGAAUUCCCCAGGAUUUGGCUGUUUUUAAAAUGUGUGAUCAGUUUGUAGAUAUGAGCUGGGGAAAAGCAUGUUUUGGUUAGGUCUAUAUGCACGUGUGAACAUGUUCUUGUUCAUGUUAGGUUACAUUUGGACAGAUUUAUUAAAGUCCUGAUAUCUCAAAGAGGUAAUAGGAAAAGAAAUACAGAUAAAGAGUUAAUGUUUAUUUUCCAUUU